AUGACUCUCAUCCAGGUCAGAACAAAAAUGAAGACCCACAAAGCUGCCGACAAGAGAUUCAUAAGGACAGGAACUGGAAUCAAAAGAAAGCAGGCCGGCAGAAACCACGGAAAUGGUGGGUUUAGUGCUCCAUCUUUGAGCCACUUGGACUCUUUUGUGAAGGUGGGAAACAAGGGUGGGCAUUUUAAGAAAUUGGACAAGUUCUUGCCUUAG